GCAAGAGACUCCCACAAGCCUCGCCAUCGCAGAUUUGGACGGCCGCGUACAGUCCGUGCAGUUUGCCGGAGAGGAUCUGAACAUGGGAACUCUGACAGGCAGUGUUCGAUUCAAUUUUCCAUCUGCUGGCGAAGCGCAGCUCAGUCAAUACGCCUUGCACCGAGAUCAUGACACGUAUGUUGCUUUGUAA